AUGAAUCCCUCUACAUUCUAUGGCUCCAAUGUGGAUGAGGACCCACAAGGCUUUAUAGAAGAAAUGUUUAAGGUGGUUGAUGCUAUGGGGGUGUCAUCCCAAGUGAAGGCGGAGUUAGGCGCCUACCAAUUGAAGGAUGUGGCUCAAGUUUGGUAUGAGCAAUGGAAGGAUGAGAGACCCGUGAGAGUGGGCCCGGUUGAUUGGAGAAGUGAAGAGGGCAAGGGUAGAUUUGAGGUUCAAGGUAAACCAAGGUUCAAGAAGAGGUUUUCCAACCAAGGCUUCUCUAGCACUCCAAGGGUCAACAAAGAUAGGGAGUCUAACCCUAAGCCACAAGGAGGUAAUAGUGGUGGCUCUUAUGUUGAAAGACCUAGUUGUGCAAACUGUGGCAAGAAGCAUGAAGGCAAGUUCCUAGUUGGCAUAGAUGGUUGCUUUAGUUAUGGGAAGAGUAGUCAUAUGAAGAGAGAUUAUCCUAUGCUAAAGGUUCAAGGAGAUAGGGCAAGCAAGUCCCUCCAAGUGGCUCAAAUUCUGAUGCUCCCAAGAAUAAUCACUUCUAUGCUCUCCAAUCCCGAGGGGACACGGACUUGGUAA